AUGCAGAGCAACACGGGCUACGGGGAGGCGAAUGCCGACCCGUACGCAUUUUGCAACGCCUUUUGGGGUAACAACGAUGCCGGUUACCAUGUGAUGCAGCAUUUUAUCAAAAACACCACCAAGACGCUCGAGGAUCUGCGUGGGUUUUACCAGGAACGUGCGGAUAUUGAGCAAGAGUACUCCAAGCGCCUGAGCAAGCUGGCCAAGACGGCCCUCGGCAAGCACGAGACGGGCCCGAUGCGCCAUGCCCUCGACAAGGUACGCAUUGAGACCGAAGCCAUGGCGCGCUCCCAUGCGCAGCUCGUGCACUCGGUGCGCAAAGAGAUCGAGAGCCCACUGUCCGACCUGAUGGCGCGCUCGGAAAAUGUGCGCCGCCCAGCGCAGGUCGCGGUGACCAAGCUGUAUAAACACAAGCAGAUGCAGAUGCAGUACGUGCAGCGCUCGCGCGAAAAAUACGAGCAGGACUGCACCAAAAUCAACGCAUACACCGCACAGAGCAACCUCGUCCAGGGCAAGGAGCUCGACAAGCUCAUGGGCAAGCUCGAGCGCGUCCAGGCGACCGUCGGCCAGAACGACAAGGACUACCAGAGCUACGUCCGCGCACUGCAGGACACGACGUACAAGUGGAACUCGGAGUGGAAGAGCUUCUUGGAUGUGUGUCAGGACGUGGAAGAAGAGCGCCAAGAGUUCCUCAAGACAAACCUGUGGAGCUUUGCCAACGCCAUCUCGAGCGUGUGCGUGACGGACGACGAGGCAUGCGAGCGCGUGCGUGUCUCGCUCGAGGACUGCGACUCGAUGCGCGACGUCGAGGGCUUUGUGCGCGAGUUUGGCACCGGCGCCGCGAUUCCCGCCGCGCCAGAGUACAUCAACUAUGCCCAGGGACAGGCCCAGCCCCAGGACGAGCCUGUGUCUGCCGCCCAGUUCCACCGCCUCUCGACGCGCAUGUCGGACGUGCUCCCGCCGCUUAGCACGGGCACGCCGGUGCCAUCGGGCGCCACGCCGUCGCUCCUCGGCGCCACGCCGGGCUUUGGCGCCACGCCGGGGCUCGGGGCGACGCCGAGCAUCGGCGGCACGCCCAGCAUGGGGGGUACGCCGAACCUCGACACGCCGCGCAGCAACAGCCGCGCAAUGCGCCGCACGCCGCCGCCGCAGUCGCUCGAGCCGAUCGCACGCACGCCGCCGCCCUCGACGUCGAACCGCAACUCGAUGUUCUCGCCGGGCGCCCCGCCGCUGAGCCGCAUGGAGUCGCAGCUGAAGCAGCCGCGCCAGCCGACCGUGCGCCAGGCCCCGGCCACGCAGGCCCCGGCUGCCCAGGCGCCGAUGGCGCAGGCCCCGGUCACGCAGUACGACACGCAGCCGCGGACGAGCUACGCGUCGGGUGGCGCGCCCGCUCCGGCUCCGGCCGCGUCGCUGGCCGCCGCGCCGGCGGCUGCGCCGGCGCAGCCGGCGAACCUCGACGAGAGCGACGACCCGAUCGCCAAGGCGCUGGCGAACCUGCGCAUGCACCAGUCGCGCAAGUCGCCUGCGCCGAAUAGCCGUCCGACGAGCGUCGUGCAGCCCGCCGCUCCGGCGCAAGCCCAGGCGCAGGCCCAGGCGCCCGUCCAGCCCAUGGCGCAGGCGCCGCCGCCGCCCCAGCCGGUGCAGGACGUGCGCCAGGGCCCCAUGCCCGGCGCGCCCCCGGCGGACGUGCGGCCGGUGGUUGACCCCCGUCUGCAGCAGCGUCCUUUGUCGCCUGCGGCGGCGUUUAUGAACCCCCCCGCGCGGAGCACGUCGCCGAUUCCGGUGGAGCAGGUCAUGAGCCAGUACGGCCAGUCCUUCCCUUCGGAGCGACGCCUGUCGGCCAACGCGCCGAACCGUGCGGCAUACAGCUCACAAGGCGCACAGCCCCCCCGCUCCAACACCCCUGGCGGGAUUACGUUGGAUGCGCGCGGUGCUGUGACGCAGAACCAGAUGGCGGAGAACUACAACCCCCCCGCUGGCUCAAACGUACCCCCCGCUGCGCCGACGAACCGCCCCCCGACCGGGCAGUACAGCGAGGCGGGUGAGCCGAUCUUGUUCUAUGUCAAGGCGCUGUACGACUAUGCCGCCUCGAUGCCGGAAGAGUUUAGCUUCACGGCCGGCGACAUUAUCGCCGUCACGCAUACGGAACCUGACGGAUGGUGGCAAGGCGAGCUGUUGGACGAGGCGCGGCGCGUGCCGGGCGCCAACACCUUCCCGAGCAACUUUGUAGUGCUGCUCAUGUAA